AUGGUCUUUGUUUGGUUGCUGGGCUUCACGUCUGAAGUGUCUGUUCCCCAUCGGCUAAUCGCAGGCCACACGCAAAGAAAAGGCCGUUGGAGCGCCGUAUACUGCAAACACCCGAGCCUCACUUUGAUUUACACCUGUCAGGAGCGUGUUCGUGAAUCACGUCGCUCCGUCUGGGUCUGUUUCUGGGAUGUUGCUGACUCACAUCUGGAGCUCUUACAGGCAUCUGGUUCUGAUCGGGACAAACCCACUCGCUUUCUCAGCACGCUCGGGGUCUUUCUCUCUGCGCUGCUCCGUCCUGUCCCUGUGCAGCACAGGAAGCGCAUGUGGAUGAUGGUGGCCCACUGGAAUAUUAACGAAGAUCGUAUCAAGACAAUAUCAGGAUAUAAGGAAGCGUAUGUAGAGAAGAACAUGUCAUUUGAGCAUCUGAGCCACAACUACUACUUUUUUAAACUAUUAAUGCCACGCAACUCCUAUAGACCAUCUCUUGGCAUUCCCACUGUGUUCUGGAGUUCAGUGGCCGGGCGACAGGAAGUGACACUGAGCUUUCUGCCAGUACUGCUCAGAGAGGGGGUGGUAGAACAUUCCUCCAGCGACGGCUGUGAAGAUACUGUGUCUCAGCUCCGUCUGAUGACAUGCUUGAUAUGGCUUAACGCAAAGCCUGAGGCUUUAAAACAGCCUCACAGUUCAGAGGAAAAGCCUUCUCACGCAGGAAGACUGCAGGAUGGAAAGAGGGAGGAGACGGCAACUUGUAAUUUCAGCCCUUCUGAAAAGAGAAGGGCUAAUAUUGAUGAGGUGGAGACGGAGGUGGUGGAGAUCGAAGCCAAGCUUGAUAAGCUGGUAAAGUUGUGUGGUGGUAUGAUUGAAGCUGGGAAAGCAUAUGUCACUGCUAACAAGCUCUUUAUCAACGGCAUCCGUGACCUAUCCCAGCAGUGCAAGAAGGACCAGAUGAUAUCGGAUUGUCUGGAAAAGUGUGGCGAGGGUUUGCAGGAGAUUGUCAACUACCACAUGAUCCUGUUUGAUCAAGCUCAGAGAUCAGUGAAGCAGCAGUUGCACAACUUUGUUAAAGAUGAUGUGCGUAAAUUCAAGGACACGAAGAAGCACUUUGAUAAGGUGAGGGAAGAUUUGGAGAUCGCACAGGUGAAGAACGCCCAGGCACCUCGAAACAAACUCCAUGAGGUGGAGGAAGCCACCAGCACCCUCAACUUCACCCGCAAGUGCUUCCGGCAUCUCGCACUGGACUAUGUGCUGCAGAUCAAUGUCCUUCAAGCCAAAAAGAAAUUUGAGAUCUUAGAUGCAAUGUUAUCCUUCAUGCAUGCGCAGUACUCCCUGUAUCAGCAGGGCUACAACCUCCUGGAUGAGAUUGACCCCUACAUGAAAAAACUGGCUGCUGAGCUGGAUCAACUGGUGAUUGAUUCAGCGAUGGAGAAGAGAGAAAUGGAGCAUAAACAUGCCACGAUUCAGCAGCGGACACUGUUACAGGACUUUGCGUAUGACGACCCAAAGUUGGAGUUUAACGUGAAUGCGCCCAACGGAUUGGUGAUGGAGGGCUAUCUGUUCAAAAGGGCCAGUAACGCCUUCAAAACAUGGAACAGGCGGUGGUUUUCCAUCCAAAACAGCCAGCUGGUUUAUCAGAAGAAACUAAAGGAUUCGCUGACGGUUGUUGUGGAGGACUUGAGACUCUGUUCUGUCAAACCUUGUGAAGACAUCGAGAGGAGGUUCUGUUUUGAAGUCGUGUCGCCCACCAAGAGCUGUAUGCUACAGGCAGAGUCAGAGAAACUCCGGCAGGCCUGGAUCCAGGCGGUUCAAGCCAGCAUCGCCUCAGCGUACAGAGAGAGUCCAGACAAUUAUUACAUUGAGCGUUUGGACCGGACCGCUUCGCCCUCCAUCAGCAGUAUAGACUCAGCAAACGAGCCCAGAGAGCGCAGUGGCAGGGGCGAGAGCAUUCUGCAGCGUAUCCUGUGUCUGCCGGGAAACCAGCAGUGCUGUGACUGUGGGCAGGCUGAGCCACGCUGGGCCAGCAUCAAUCUGGGCAUCCUGCUCUGCAUCGAGUGCUCCGGCAUUCACAGGAGUUUGGGAGUUCAUUGUUCAAAGGUCCGUUCUCUCACCCUGGACUCAUGGGAACCAGAGUUACUGAAGCUGAUGUGUGAACUAGGAAACAGUAUCAUCAACCACAUCUAUGAAGGCAGCUGUGAAGAGCAGGGCCUGAAUGGCAGCACUGAUGUUUUGGUGUUUGAGUCUGUGGUGGACAGUGUCACAGAGGAGGAGUGUGAGGUGUCUGAAGACUCCAGCAAUGAGACUGAAUUGGAGCCGGAGGCGUCAGAUCCAGAAGAUUUGAGAGAACUGGAUCCUGGAGCAUUACUCUAUAAGGCCUGUCAGGCACGAAAUCUGCCCGUCAUGGCUGAAGCUCUGGCACAUGGAGCUGACGUCAACUCAGUGAAUGAAGAGGAUGAGGGGAAAAGCCCCCUUAUUCAGGCUGUGAUUGGAGGUUCCUUGAUAGCCUGCGAGUUUCUGCUCCAAAAUGGUGCAGAUGUCAACCAAAGAGAUCACAGGGGAAGAGGCCCACUGCAUCACGCCACAUAUUUAGGUCAUACUGGUCAAGUGUGUUUGUUCCUGAAACGAGGAGCGACCCAGAAUGAUGGUGAUGAGGAUGGCCAGGACCCACUGAGCAUAGCAGUUCAAGCCGCUAACGCUGACAUAGUUACUCUGUUACGUCUAGCACGUAUGAACGAGGAGAUGCGCGAGUCGGAGGGUCCGCUCGGUCAGCCAGGUGACGCCACGUACCUGGACAUUUUCCGAGAGUUUUCCCAUAUGGCAUCCCACAAUCCCGAGAAGCUGAAACGGAGGAGCGUUCACUUCCGUCACUCCUUCAGAGUGUGACAGAUCAACUUUUAAACUUUGGUCACCAAUCAAGCUGGAGCAGAAGACACUUUGACUGGCUGAUAUCAUAAGUGGACUUUAAACGAUAAUUAUGGACGUGUUGAAUGUUUGCAUUGAUUUGAAUGCUAUUUUUGUAUCUUUAUGGGGUCAGCUGGACUUAUCCCCACUGUUUGGUGUUUAUUUUCUUCAUUUGCAUUCUUCUUCUUUUAGCCAUUGACAGUAACAGGCACUUAAUUAAGCACUAAAUGUCAAAACAUCUGCCAUUUAUGGUUUAACUGUUAAAACAUAUAAUCAAAAAAAUCAUGCAUGCUCAUGAUCACAAAAAUGAUCUCAAUACUAUUAUUUCAAGCAUCACUAUUAUUAUCCUCUAUAAUGAAAUAUAUCCGGCGCUGAUUAUUCUUUCUGUUUUUAAAGCAGUUGGAAUAAGGAAGUUGUUUUUGGAGAAUCUGCAGUGAUUUUGUCUGUUGCUGUUGUGAUGAAUGUACUGUUUUGUAUCGACUAUACUGGUGUAGUCUUUAUAUUUUAUCUGUACAGCCACUAUAAAUCAUUGCAAAUUCAAAUACAGAUAUUGUAUAUUGUCUUUUUAGAUGCAAAUUGAUAAUAUAUCAUAAAAUGAUGGUAUUUUGUUAAAAAUGCAAAAACAUUGAGUGGACCUUU